AUAUUUAUCUGAUCAAGUGUUAACAAUAUAAUUGUAAAGUUCAAUCUAUAUCUUAGAAUAUUUUAAUGUCACACCUUCAACGAGUUGCCAUUCCUAUACGAAGAACCAUGUCAUGGGCUACUUAUAAUCAAAUUAUUCCCUAUGAAUCGCCAUCAUGGGCUAAAACCUUGAAAGUUCAACCGAAGGAAAAGUAUAAUUUUUCAAGUUUACCAACGCCUGUUCAUGAAUGGAAUAUUCCAGACGUUCCAAAGCCUUUUCGUCUUUUUAUUAAAAGAGACGAUCUAACUGGCAGUACUUUGUCUGGAAAUAAGGUAAGAAAACUGGAAUUUUUAAUAGCCGAUGCCGUAAAGAACAAUUAUAAACACGUAAUUACGGCUGGGUCUUUUCAAUCAAAUCACGUGAGGGCAACUGCAAUUACUGCUGCUCAAGCUGGGCUAAAGUGUCACGCGGUAUUAAGAACACCGGCGGCUGGGGUUCAAUAUUCCGGAAAUUUUCUUUUGGAUAUAUUAGCUGGCUCAGAAGUUUACUAUGUUCCAACAAAAGCUUCGUCCGAUUCAAUUAUCGAUCCAAAAAUGAAAGAGAUAGCUGAAAAACUAGAAAAAGAACGGAACGAAAAAGCCUAUAUUAUACCAAUAGGAGCAUCUAAUGCCCUUGGAAGUUAUGGCUAUAUAAGCGCAUUUCAAGAAUUAUUGGACCAAGGUGUAGAUGAAAUGGUCGAUGAUAUUGUAAUAACUUGUGGAAGUGGUGGUUCUGUUGAAGGUUUGUCAAUAGCUAAUUUAUUGACAGGUUCGAAAUUCAAAAUUCACGGUGUUUGCGCUUGUGACGGUCCUGCAUAUUUCUAUCAACAUAUUCAACAAACUCUAGAUCAACUGGGUUUGGCUGACGUCAAAGCCGAAGAUAUCGCCGAUUUCAUUGACGGUUAUAAAGGAGCAGGUUACGGAACAUCGCAAGAAGAAGAUCAUAGAAGAAUAAAAGAAAUAUGUAGUAGUUCCGGAGUUAUACUCGACCCAGUUUAUACGAACAAAGGUCUUACAGGUCUUUUAGGAGAAAUGUCAAAAAAUCCCCAAAGAUUUAAGGGACAACGAGUGUUAUAUUUCCAUACUGGUGGCCUAUUUAAUAUUUUUGAUGGAAGAUUUUCAAACGAAAUUGAUUGAGUACGAUAAUAAAAAUAAUUAAAUAUUAAAAAGAAAUAAGAGGUCAUCCUUGUCAAUAAAAUAUUAAAUAUCUAUAUUAUUCGUUUAUAUAA